AUGGCAAAACAACUGCCAGCGGGGGGAUGGCGCAGUGGUGGAGCGCCUGGAAAAUUUUCUGCUGUCUCACCCCACCUAUCACACAAGAGCGCCUUGGUGCUGCUACCUCCAUCCAGCAUCUCUGCGCCUAUCGAAGCAGUGCGACGAGUUCACGACAAGCAAUUCCAUCGAUGGCCACCGCACAUCAACCUGCUGUACCCCUUCUUGUCGACUCCUUCUGAACAAAGCACACAAGAUGAAACCUCCAGUCCUGAGCUGAAGCGCGACAUACGCAUGCGGGUGGAAAAGGCAGUGCAGAACAUCAAUUCUUUCCGCAUAUUUCUCGGUUCAAAUCCGCCUGGUGUUUUUCAUCACAGCAAGAAGAGCAAGACGGUCUGGCUUUGCCCUACCACUCACCUUGUACAAGAGCUUCAGGCAGCUCUACAAGCCGAGUUUUCCGAAGUCGAUUCUGACCGUCGCCCUUUUACGCCUCAUCUUUCUGUAGGACAAGCGCAUAGCCAGGAUGGCGCAGGAACGCUUAGCGCGGAGAUCACAAAGAGCGUCUCUGAGUUCAUCGCCCAGGAUACGAACAAAGACAACGCGCCGAUAGAAUUAGAAUGGCACGUGGACAGAGUUUAUGUCAUUGAGCGCAAGGGCUUUAACGAUCGUUUCAAGAUUAUUGGCAGUAUUGACCUAGGAAAAGAGUAA